AUGGUGGAGAUACAAGACCAGACAUCGCGACUAACCGGCAUACAGUUGCUCAUUGUCUUUCUUGGACUCAAUCUGGCUCUUCUAAUUAGUUUUCUUGAUUCCACUUCCGUUUCAACUGCGCUGCCGGACAUUGCCAGCGAUCUCAAAGCUGGAAAUAGUAUAAGUUGGACUGGAACAUCUUUCCUCGUUGCAAACACUGGUUUCCAAAUUAUAACGGCACGCCUAAGCGAUAUUUUUGGGAGGAAAGCUGUGUUGAUAUCCUGUCUAUUUUUGUUUGGAUUUGGAGAUCUUCUUUGUGGAUUUGCAACAUCCGAAGCUUGGUUAUAUGCUUGUCGCUCCAUCGCUGGAAUAGGCGGCGGUGGAAUUAACUCACUUACGAUGAUAAUUUUAUCUGACAUUGUCAGUAUCGAAAAACGCGCAAAAUAUCAGGGCCUUUUGGGAAUCUCAAUUGCUCUUGGUUCUGGAAUCGGGCCUCUCAUAGGAGGUUCCCUCGCAGAGAAAGCGUCAUGGCGGUGGACAUUCUGGUUCACCGUGCCGUUGACAUUGUGCACUAUUCUCGUGAUUGGAAUUCUUCUCCCUCUAAAGCACGUCAAAGGUGGCGCAAAGGAAAAAUUGAAGCAGAUCGAUUGGCUCGGGUCGAUGUUGAGCCUCGCUGCCAUCGUGAUGAUCCUUGUACCUAUUUCUGGAGGAGGAACCUUGUAUGAAUGGGUGUCCCCUACGUUCCUUGUGUUGUUGAUAACCGGCUUGACCCUGGCGGUCAUCUUUGUCCUGGUCGAAUUCAAAUAUGCUAAAUUACCUGUGAUGCCAUUACACAUGUUCCGAGUACCCACCGUAUCCCUAAUCCUAAUGCAGACAUUUUUUGUUGGUAUGAUUUUCUAUGGUGGAAUGUUCUUUACACCUAUCUACCUGCAGAACGUAUUGGGGUACUCUCCCAUCAUGUCAGGCGUCCUUAUUCUUCCCCUGGUGCUCAUUCAAGUCUUCUCAACCUCGGCCAUGGGGUUCAUCACUGAAAAAACGGAUAGCCUCAAACCGUGGAUUAUUUUGGGAUUUAGCAUCUGGCUUGUAGGCCAGGCCGCCCAGACGGUGUUCGAUCGCACAACUAGCGUAGCAAAAAUUGUGGUUAUUCUCUUGAUUCAAGGCAUUGGUGUAGGCGGAACACUUCAAACCCUUGUACUUGCCCAAGCUUCUGCGCCUCCACUCGACAGAGCCGUCGUCACUGGUACAAGAAACUUCGCCCGCACGAGUGGAGGCGCUCUAGGCCUCGCAGCCUCAAACGCAAUCCUGAACAAUCUCUUCAGCAAAAACCUCCCAGAAUCUCUUUCACCGUCCUUGCGGACGGGUCUUCUCGAAAGCAUUUCUAAUAUGCCGGCUGACCUGGACGCGCAAACUCGUGAUGCGAUUCUGAACGCCUACAAUGACGCUAUUCAUUGGGUAUUUGUGUACUUCGCGCCUGUCAUUGGCCUUUGCCUGUUCUUGUCUUUCUUCAUGACCGACCAGCAUCUACGACGUCGAGGGUCUAACGACGACAGCAAAGUAUCUGCGGCAAAAGGAGACCAUGAACAGGGCACUAUCGACGAAAAGCAUUCUGCAAAGAAUAAGGAAAAUGCCAUAAGCAACGUAACGACAAUGUUCGUUGUCUCUCGAUCGCCAUCUCGCAGUUGA